CUCAUAAAACGCAUAAAGUGCAGGAACUCAGCGAUGAAUAAAUUUACCUCAUGAAAAAAAUAUAAAGAGUGAGAGAGAAGGAUUAGUAAUUUUCGUUUAAUUCCACUACCUUAUUUGCUUAUCCUUGACAGAUAUGCGAAUUUCGUCUGCAAUGUGCAGAUUUUUUCAGUGUCUUGUACCAGUCGAGUAUUAGUAGAGUUUCAUAUGUAUUAGAAAGGCUGAACACAAACACCACAAUGCAGACUGGCUGCUAAAACAUUGAGUUCAUAUCUAUACAUUUUGUGGUGAACAAACAUUCACCCUAAACAAUUGGUGUGCAAAAUUCGGGAAACUAGGCGAUUCAGAUGUGCUAAAUUCUGCUUCUACAUUUUCUUAAAACCAACUUCCAUCUUUCCAAAAAACAGACAGACGACAUCCUCCCGAUAGCUCGGCAAAUAGCCCACGCCACAUCCCAGCCAACGAUGAAGCUCAUGAAAUUUCGAGUCCGCGUUUCUCCGCUGGUGGUGCUUCUGGUCUGCAUAGAGGCACUGCACGCACGGUCAGUCUCCGAACGAAAGCGGGACUACGACUACGAAUACGAUGCAGCCAACGCCGGAUCGCUCCACGGUAGUAAAAGUGGCUACAGUGCCGGCAGUGGUCUUCGUUCCAUCGCUCAGGGUUCGGCAGAUCAGGCCAAUACUGCCGUAGUGAAUCAGGUGGCGGCAGCCAAGCAGGCAGCAUAUGUAGCUCAAAGUACACUGGCUCAGGCAGCUUCUCAGGCCGCUGCAACGGCUCAAGCUGCCUUGGCAGGAAAACACGUUCUCCUCCAGGGGCUGGAGCAGCAAAACCUGGAUGCCCAUCAAGCACUGGAAAGUGAAAUUCAGCAGCUGCAUCAGGCGAAGAAGUCAGCGAAAGCGGCCCAACAAUCUGCCCAGCAGGCACUGAACCAUGUGCAAGUGUUGCAGGCAGCACUAAACAAUGCGCAGGUAGCAGCGGAGCAUGCACAGCAAGCCGCUGCUGAAGCUGCUGCCGAGUAUGCCUCGCAAUCGCAAAUGGUUGGAUCGGCCAAAGGGAAAGUCGAAGCCAUCGAAGAGCAGCUCAAGGCAGCUCGAGUGGACUUUGAGGCAACGGAAGAAGCCGCUCACAAGGCAUCGUACUCGGCACAGGAAGCACAAAAGAAUGCAGCCGAAGCAGCUGCUUAUGCAUCAGGUCCGCACCAAUCUUCACUGCAGCUGGAUGGCCACAGUUUGCAGUUCCAGUCGAAAGCUUCGAAACAGCCGAACCACCACGAGGAUGACGAAAUCAACAGUGGUGAAAUCGAAGUCAAUUCCAACCAGAACUUUGGAUAGAUGUUGCCAUCCCCAUCGUAAUAGAAUAGGAUUUACUUGAGUUUGUAAUCAUUAUCUAUGUUUUAAUAGAAUGACCGGAGACGCUUCAGACGCUUGAUUGUAUUAGUGCGCUGCGAUUGACUUCGAUAGACUUAAAUCAUGAACUGCUUUCAUCGAUGUUUAGACCUUAAGGUAAACGAUAAUGUGUCUAUCAGGAUGUUGACGAAACUUCCAUUAUAAUAUACUGCUGUUUUUAUUCAAACUUAAUUAUUCCCUUCCAUUAAUUCAACUCUCACAACCAUCACGUGUCAGCCGUUUCUAUGACGGACAUUUCCAACUCAGUUACACCGGAUUGCAAUGAAUGUGAUUGCGGUUGUAUGAUAUACA